AUGUUCCUAGCACCCAGAGAGCUCAGCUUCUUGCUGCAGGAUGCGCUAUGCACUCGUGUGCUGCUGAACCUUAGGAAGGCCGCUGCGAGCACGUCGUAUCUGGGAGUUGGCGAAUCUACGGUGAACAGUAUGGGUUUCGAGUCGCAUCCUAUGUUUGCCUCCCCUGGUGAGGAGGAGUUCGAGAUGGAGAUGGAGAUUGCAGCGUAG